UAUAUCUGCUUUAUGCACUCAAGCAGAGAAGAAAUCCACAAAGACUCACCAGUCUCCUGGUCUGCAGAGAAGACAGAAACAACAUGAGCACAGCAGGAAAAGUCAUCAAAUGCAAAGCAGCUGUGCUAUGGGAGGUAAAGAAACCCUUUUCCAUUGAGGAUGUGGAGGUUGCACCUCCUAAGGCUUAUGAAGUUCGCAUUAAGAUGGUGACUGUAGGAAUCUGUGGCACAGAUGACCACGUGGUUAGUGGUACCAUGGUGACCCCACUUCCUGUGAUUUUAGGCCAUGAGGCAGCCGGCAUCGUGGAAAGUGUUGGAGAAGGGGUGACUACAGUCAAACCAGGUGAUAAAGUCAUCCCACUCGCUAUUCCUCAGUGUGGAAAAUGCAGAAUUUGUAAAAACCCAGAAAGGAACUGCUGCUUGAAAAACGAUGUGAGCAAUCCUCGGGGGACCCUGCAGGAUGGCACCAGCAGGUUCCCCUGCAGGGGGAAGCCCAUCCACCACUUCCUCGGUGUCAGCACCUUCUCCCAAUACACGGUGGUGGAUGAGAAUGCAGUAGCCAAAAUUGACGCAGCCUCACCCAUGGAGAAAGUCUGUCUCAUUGGCUGUGGAUUUUCAACUGGUUAUGGGUCUGCAGUCAAAGUUGCCAAGGUCACUCCAGGCUCUACCUGUGCUGUGUUUGGCCUGGGAGGGGUCGGCCUAUCUGCUGUUAUGGGCUGUAAAGCAGCUGGAGCAGCCAGAAUCAUUGCGGUGGACAUCAACAAGGACAAAUUUGCAAAGGCCAAAGAGUUGGGUGCCACUGAAUGCAUCAACCCUCAAGACUACAAGAAACCCAUCCAGGAGGUGCUAAAGGAAAUGACUGAUGGAGGUGUGGAUUUUUCAUUUGAAGUCAUCGGUCGGCUUGAUACCAUGGUAUGUACCAUGAUAUGUCCUGAGAUUUCUGCCUCUGCAACCUGGAAGAUGCAUUUAGGCAGCAAAAGCUUUAAGAGUAAAGAAGAUAUCCCAAAACUUGUGACUGAUUUUAUGGCUAAGAAGUUUUCACUGGAUGCUUUAAUAACCCAUGUUUUACCUUUUGAAAAAAUAAAUGAAGGCUUUGACCUGCUUCGCUCUGGGAAAAGUAUCCGUACCAUCCUGACCUUUUGAAACAAUAGAGAUGCCUUCCCUUGUAGCAGUCUUCAGCCUCCUCUACCCUACAUGAUCUGGAGCAACAGCUGGGAAAUAUCAUAAUUCUGCUCUUCAGAGAUAUUUUCAAUAAAUUACACAUGGGGACUUUCCAGAGAAAUGGAAAUUGAUGGGAAAUUAUUUUUCAAGCAAAAAUUUAAAAUUCAAGUGAGAAUUAAAUAAAGUGUUGAACAUCAGCUGGGGAAUUGAAGCCAAUAAACUGUCCUUCU